UAGAUUAGCGCCGAUUUAUUUUACGAUCGUCCUCCACAGUUCGCACGUCGUAAUCCAAUGAUAGUCGGGACGUUGUUUAUACCGGCGCAGCAUCAUCAUCAAUGCUUUUGCAUUAUUUUCGAACGUUCUCAUCGUCCAUCCCCAUGGCUACAGCAGCGUGGAUUACUGUGAUGCUCCACAUUAUCAGUAAAACACCGGGCGUCGUUAUCAUUUGACAGCUAUGGAGAGUGCUCGCUGCCCAUGCCUGCUAGAUGGCUUAGUACGGAGUGAUCGUUCCUGAGCGGUGCAAGUGCGCUUAUAAGCUGAUCCAAGCAACACGGUUGAGUAAGCAAUGAACUUCCUGGGAUGGAUUACUACGAUUUUGGUUGCGUUUGCGAGCACGUGCUACGGCGGAGGCCAACUGAGAUUCCCGUACGGUGACACAAACUUCAGCCUUAGCGUCUACAAGGCCGCCUUCAGUCCUGAGCACAACAUUGUUGUCGCACCGUUUGUGUUGCGCAACAGCGUUGCGAUGUUGUACUCGAUUGCAACCGAUACGACACAGGCGCGGUUACGCGAGGUUUUCGGUCUACCGUCGAACUUCUCCGAGUUUCUGACGAAUCAGAAGGAGCUACACUACAUGCUUGGAGGCGGUGGUGAUGGAUUCCGCAUGAGAAACAGGAUCAUACUGAAUGGACUCCGUGAAGUGGACGUGCACAUGAGAGACGUUAUGAAGGAAGAUCUGGACACGACACUGGUGUAUUUCGAUUUUUCACAGCGAGAAGGAGUUGUGCGAAGAGUGAACCACUUCGUGAACUUCAACACGAAUCGAGUGAUCAGUAGUAUGAUUAACUUGGAUGAUGUUCCGAAACACUUGCAAGUGGUACAGGUGUGCUCGGCUUCUUUCAAACCACAAUUUGCAAGUAUGUUCGACACCAAGGAUACGAUGCCUCGGGAUUUCAGGAGCGGAAUGAUCGAGAAGCUGUAUACGACUAUGACGAUGUUUAAGCGAGGGGAUUUUCGGUUCUCGCGUAUUCCUGAGCUGGAAAUAGAGGUUCUGGAAUUGCCGUUUGUGAAAUCGAGUGACGCUGUAAUGUGGGUAAUGUUACCAGAUCGAGAGGCUUCGUUGGAGACGAUCAUGAAAGCUCUAGAACCUGGACAUUUCGACGCAAUACAGGCACAUUUCCAAAUGAAACGAGCAGAAAUUACAGUGCCGAUCUUCCACAUUGAAUCGGAAUUCAACGCCACUGAAUUCUUGCGGCAGUCCAUGGGACUGGAAGUGUUAUUCAAGCAGCGGGAUCUGAGGAUCUUCGAAGAUGUAGAUUCAUCGUUGGACAGUGUUAUGCACAAGGCAGGAAUGCGGUUCUAUGAAAGAACUGCAGAUGCCGGAGGAGCCACAGUAGUGAGAAGUUUCAAUAAACGAAGUGCCAAACUAAUUGCCCCAUAUCAGUUCAUUGUGGCAAGAUCUUACUUGUUUGUGAUAGUGAAGAAGACUAAUAAACAAAUUCUGUUCAUGGGGCAUCUCUACAAACCAGACGAUCUAAUGGAAGUUUGAGUAGGAUGCAAAGGGA